UAAGUAAACAUUCCUUUUUCUCUUCUUUUAUCUUUUUACAAUGAUCAAUCACUGAGAAAUUCUCUCUAGCGAGAUAAAGAAAAAGUGAGAAAAAUGUUGAAGAGACAAGAGACUGUGCUGUCAUCGUCGUCUCGCCGUGAAACCGUGCCUGAAAAAAACCACCACCAUGCAAAAACCAUCGGUUGCUUGUCCGGCAUUCUUCGACUCGUCUCCUCCAAGUACCAAAAUCGUCACCGUAACCGAAUCACUUUCGGUAGAAAGCAUGGAAAGAACAACGAGCAGGUGAAUUCUCCGGCUCCGGUGAAAAUCGAAGCUUCUUCGCCAGCGACGAUGAUGAUGCGAUGCGAUUAUAAGAAGACGAAUGGGAGUGGAGGAGACAAAAUGGUCGAUUUUCGGCGGAGAUUCUCGUGCGAAGUGCCUCGAAGCCCAACACUUCCACCGGAGAUUCGCCGAUCGAAUUCCGUCAAUUCGCCGGAAAACUUCCGAGCUAGUACUCCGCCGCCUCCGGCACUUGUGGCGAGGCUGAUGGGGCUGGAGGAGAUUCCGGCGGAGGCUGCGAUCGCGGAGAAGAGAAAGAAGUUGUUGGGAGCGUUGGAGAAAUGUGACGAAGAUCUCCAGGCGAUUAAGAAAAUCAUCGAGUCUCUGCGAUCUACGGAGGAGCCGGAGCGCCUUCGAUCUCCGCCGCCACCGGUCAGCGUAGAGGGCAAUGCAGGCGGCGGUGGUGGAGGAGAUAUAAUGAGGAAUGUGAAGUGGUGUUCGGAAUUUAACGGCGGCGAAGAGCGGAGUCCGAUCUCUGUGUUUGAUGACUUCACUAAAUCACCUUUCAACACCAGUUGCUUCUCAAAAAGACACAUUACUAAUGGUGCAGGAAGACGAACGGUGCAGCAGCAGCAACAAAAGCCACAACCGAUGAGAACAAACCCUAGAUUCAUCAGAAGAGAUGUUGAUGACUUUGGGAUAAUAAAGUGUGAGACCGAGGUGUCGUCACCACCGUACUUAUGGAGCAACAAAGUUACCAUGAAUAUGAUAGAGAGUGUGGAUGAAGUUUGUAGGGACAUUGCAUGGGGGGAGAAGAGAGAGGUUGGGAGAAUAGGGUUGGUUUUACAAGAUUACAUAUGCAAAGAUUUGAUUGAAGAAAUUGUCAAGGAAUUAGGAGAAUGUUGUAGUAGUAGUAGUUGCAUGUUGUAUCAUUAUUCACUACCCCUUGAGGCUUGUAAGAGAAGGCUACCUUUCUAAUGUGUCCCUCUUUAAAAGAUGGAUAUUUCUUUCUUGCCCAUAAUAUGAACCCAUUUACCCUUUGAUUUAUAUA